UUAAUUUGUAAUUUUUUAAGAAUUAGAAGUUACCGAUUGAAAUUUAUAACGAUUUUAAUUUGUUUAUUUUCUGAAAUGAGGAGAAUGAAGUUACCACGUUCAAAAACAAAUAAGAAACCGGAAUUCAUUGCAGAAGAAGGUAGCCAAUGUAAUUUGGAGUCCACUGUUGAAGUGAAUGUUCCUGUUCUACAAGAUUAUUUGAAAUUUAAAUUCAUGUAUAUGAUUGAUAAUUACUUUAAGUUAUGAAAAUUGGUUAUGAAGUAAUGAAAUUUGUAAUAAAAGUGCAAGGACUUCCAGAAGAAGGAAAUUCAAAUUGGUCUACAAUUAAGAAAAAGUUUUACAAAACAAGGUCAGGGACUCAAAGGGAGAAGCAGAUUUUGGAUAAUAUGAGAAAUGAUAUUCCUGAAAAUUGUGUUGUGUCUCAUGUAGUAGCAGAACAAGAUGGAAAUAACAGAGUUUCAAGGAAUGAAGAAGAGGAGCAUAACAAUGGAAAGGAAGAUGUGGAAGUUGAAAUGAAUGAAGAAGGUAUAUUAUGUUGUGAUUUGAAAAUAAUAUUUCUAUAAAAAUGAAAACAGGUUGUGCAAAAUAUUCCCUUAAUAUGUAAUUAAAAAAACUGUGGGUAUUGAAGGGUAUAGAAUGAAUACUUGUUAUUAAAAGUUAUAAUUAUUUUAUUAAUAGUUCGAGUAGUUCAUAUAAAAGUUUGAAUGAAUCUGUUUUGGUUUUUAUAGAUAAGGAUAACAAUGUUGAUGGAAAUGAGGAGGCUUCAAGGAAUGAAGAAGAUAUCUUAUUUUCUUUUUUAAAUAAUAUGAAAAUUUUAACAAUGAAGAUUAUAUAAUGAAUAUUUACAAUUAAAAGUUAUAGUAAUUCCUAAAUUACGUUUUUAUAAAAAAGUAUGUAUAAGACCUUAUGUUUUACAGGUCAUACCAUUUUUAGUAAAAGUAUUCCCUUUUAUUAAAGAGGUAUGCUUCUCGGAUUAUUUGUAUUAAAAAAACAAAAAAGAGGACCUGAGAGUCUUAGUAAAAGUUAAGCCUUUGGGUUUAAAAGUUACGUUUUUGGGUUUACAAGUUAGAGGAAUUUGAGUAAAAUUAAUGUUUUCUUAAAUCUCUCUCAAUAGAAUUGUAGAUUGUAAACACUUAUGAUAAAAUAAUUAUUUACUUUAUCACUUUUUUGGGAUAACACGAAGAAGUUAUUUAAUUUAUUAAUUACAUUGAGAAAGUGUGAGUUGAUGCAUUUUCUGUUUCAGGCUUCUCUACAUUGACAAUUAUUGAUAAGGAUCAGCGGUUACGGGUAGGACUGAUGGGAGUGCACCUACUAAUAUUAAAAGUUAUGAAUAUGUUAUUAAAAGUUAUGAAUAUUUAAUUAAAAGAUAUGAAUAUUUUAUUAAAGAUAUAUUUAUAAGUUGAGAAUUUCCUGAUAAAAGUUAUGAUUCUGAUUUUGUUUGUGUUAUGAAAAUGGUUCUUUUUUACCUUUAUUGGCGAGGACAACAAGUAUGAGAAACUGAGGCAAAAUGAGAUGAUCCCUAUAAUGAUGGUCAACAUGGUAAUAAUUUUGUAAUUUCAUUUUUUGUAAUUUAUUCAUGUCACUACUUGUCAUUUUAUAGUAUAUAUAUUUAGGAUUCAAAAGUUACACUAAUAUUUUCUAGUGGUUAACUUACAAGUUAUGAUAUACUUUAUAAAAGUUACUAUUUUUGUUAUAUUAGUGUUCGUCUAAUCUUUAGAGGUGUGUGACGCUGAGUCUGAAGCUGUUGUUGAUUCCUCUGACAAGUAACAAUAUUGUCUUACUAAUUUUUCAUCACUUUAAUAAUGUUGGUCUGUGAUACCUUUGGAUGGAUGUGUUAUAUUUUGAGAAAUUGAUUUGAUGCUUUUUUAGGGGGGGAAGUACUUGUCUAAUCUACUUUUUGAGGCAUGUUUGUGAAUUGAACAAGGUGAAGUUAUAAUGCAUGUACAUAUCAUGUAGAAGUAUUUUGUAGAGUCCUAAUUCGAAUGCGUACUUGCACUCUAAUUUAUCUUAAAAGUUGCAGCAACUUGAUUCAAAAUAGACCUUUUAUAAUACCAGUUCUAUUUGCUUAAAAAAUGACAAGUUACAUAUCAAAAUCAAGUUGCUGUAGAGUAUGAACAACAAGAUGGCGAUCAAAGAAGAGACGGAGAAGGCUCUUUACAAAGUCAAACAAAUGGUUUCUUCCCACCCCGUAGUCAUGUUUAGUAAAACAUAUUGUUCAUUCUGCAGUGGAAUGAAGGACCUUCUUUCUGAGCUUGGUGCUGCUAAGGAAGUCAUUGAGCUUGACAAACAAAGUGAUGGGGCUGUCGUUCAGAAUGCGCUACUUGAGUGGACGGAUCAGAGGACUGUGCCAAAUGUUUUCAUUGCAGGGAAGCAUGUUGGGGGCUGUGAUGCAAUGGUGGAGAAGCACAGGAAGGGGGAGCUCUUCACAACGCUAAAAGAGACUGGUGCCCUUGGUACGACGCCUGCUCAGCCGACUUGUGGUGAAACCAGCGACACUCCUAGCAAGCUGCAGCCUGCUUAGCUGUAGAAUAUAUCUGAAUGGAACAGGUCAUAACCGUUUGGAUAAAGAAGGUCGUUCUUAAUUAGAGUUUACUACUAAUAAUAAUAAUCUUGGUUGAAACGAUGAUGUAACCAAAUGAAAUGGUCCCUGAUGUUGAAAGGCCAUUUUUGUUUUUCUUUUAUAACUCUAUUAAUUAAACUGGGUGUUUUAUUAUGUAAAUGAUAUAAACAGAAAAUAAUAAUCAACGAUAGCAAUCGUUGCCCGAAGCUUAAAGCUUAAACACCAAUUUUAUUU